CAGCAUUCAAAGAGAAAAAGGGUCGCACAAACUAACCUCGAGACACCGCACCAGACCAACUUGUCAGCAUUAUCAACCUAAUCGUCGAUUAUCAACAUAACCACAAUCCAAAAUGCGUACCUCAGUAGCUUUUUCACUCCUCGGCGCGGCCGUUACCGGUGUUGCUGCCCAGAAGCCUCUCCCCACAGCUGCAGCUGUCACCAACAACCCCGUUGGUCUCGUUGCCGAAGCGGUCCUUCCCGAGAACGCCUGGCAGAAGGCAGGGUUCCCCAAUGGCGGCAACAUCAAGGGCAAGGUGGUAGCCAAGUCCGGCGAGGGCGGUGUUGGAGUGCAGUUCAACGUUGAACUGAGCGGUCUGCCUGAGGGUGGCCCCUUCACCUACCACAUCCACGUCAAUCCCGUCCCCGAGAACGGCAACUGCACCGCAACCGGCGCUCACCUUGACCCUACCGAGCGAGGCGAGGCCCCCGUCUGCGACAAGAGCAAGCCCGAGACGUGCCAGGUCGGCGAUCUGGCCGGCAAGUACGGCGCCAUCCCUGCGGGCAGUACCACCUUCAGCGCCAAUUACGUUGACAAGUACGCCUCGCUCGUCGAGGGUACGGGCGCCUACUUCCUCAACCGCAGCAUCGUGUUCCAUUUCCCCAACAAGACGAGGAUCACCUGCGCCAACUUCAAGAUCACCAACAGCGGGUCGGCCCCGCAACCCUCCGAGUCGGAUUGCGAGGAUCAUACCGUGACUGCGACUCAGACCGGCCCCUUCGCGGUGCCGACGAAUGCUACCGGAGUCUCGAGCUUUGCCCCUAUCGGAACUAACCCGGCGCACACCACCGGAGGCGCGCCCUCGCCGUCUGGAACGCUGCCUGUGGAGGCUGGAGCCAGCUUUAGCACGAGCUCCAUGACCGGUGUGGUGGCUGCCUUGCUGGGCGGUGCGAUGAUGUUGAUGCUCUAAGCUCGAGACGGAAUGUUGUCGGGAAUGUUGGGGGUUAAUGAUGGGAAAAUGGGUAUUGCCUAAUGGUUCAUUGCUGGAUUCCACCUUUUAAAGGGCUUUUUUUUCUUGUCACUGGUCAGCGGUCCGGUAUGGUGUUAUUUGGGAGUUUUAUCAUGGGGUUGCGGCGCAUG